CGAACACAAAAUCGAAUCACUCAAUAGUGACAGGGUUUUAAUAUUUUUUUGUAAAAAAUAAUUUCUUUUAUUUUGUAUUACAUAGUCAAGAAUAAAUUAUAAUUAUGCAGUCAGUCGUGACUUAUGAAAAGCCUCUGCCGCAUUUAAGUUUGCCUGACUGGGACGCCCGCCUCUACGGAUUACAGGUGACAGCGGAUACCCGAAGAGCAGAUGCCUUCGAUCUUCGGCACAGCGCGCGGCAACUGCGAAAUGAAACUAGAAUUAAAACCGACUGGGACAUUUAUCAUAACAACAACCGUCUGAGAGCAAGAGUAUACGAAAUUGAACAAUGGAAAUCGACUCUGCAAGAACUCUUGGACCGCCUGGACAGAGAAAUGAAUGCAUUGAAAGAAGAGAAAGCGUCUACGGAAAGAGAAUUGGAACAAUUAAAUGUACCGCUAUUGAUUUGCUCUGAGUGUUUGUCUAAUCGAGAUGGCAGAAGAAGUACUGAGCUAACUUAUGAUCUUGCUGACACUGAAUUGAAGAAGGAAUUAUGUGUCACCGAGAGCAACAAAAAAUUACUAACAGACCGCUGUCAAUCGGCUUGGGAGAAAAUUAACAAGCUAGAGGUCAUCAAAUUCAAAUUGCAACUCGAUCUCAAUGAUAAAAAUGAAGCUCUACAAAUCGACAAGGAUAUGCUUAAUCUGGACAAAGAUUGUGCUAACAUAACAUACAAAUCUGAUCCUUUAAAGACGCCUAAAAGAAUGAUUACGAACGAGCAGUGGCAAGAAAAAUGUGAAGCGACGAAGAGAAUGGCAGAAGAUGGUCUGCAGGAUACCCUGAGUCUUCGUGAGUCUCUCUUCGUGGCCCGCGAGCGCGCCCGCAACGCACUGCGAGCGCAAACUGACGUCACCAAUUAUAUGAUGCGCAAACGUAUCUACGACACGCAACGAGCAAGGAACGAACUAGAAUGGCAGAGGAUGAAGAUGGAAGAAAACAUGGACAAACUAGCAGCUGAACUUAAGAUAAUGGGCGAGCAAUUCUCUGAUAAGAUAAAUGCUCUGAAGGUAGCAGAGACUCGUUUAGAGACGCGCGGCUAUCGGCCUGGUAUCGAACUCGCUGCGGACGAAGCUGACAUUGGCUUGAAGGAAGAAGUACAAAACCUUAAGGAAACAAUUCGUCAGCUACAAGAAAAAUUGGAUUGCGCCAAAGCAACAUAUAAUGCCUUAGAAUCGGCUUCAAUUAAAAUUGCUUUGGAUUUGGCUGAUAAAGAGCAUUCCCUCGAAACGGACACUCGAGCUCUGGAGAUGAGAUCCGCCUUAGAACCCAAAAGACUACAAGGCACUGAGAAGAAUUUAGUUCUCGCUAGAGUGAGCGACGAAGUUCCCAAAACGGAAAUGUAAACGGUUUGACUUAUUGAACGAUAUUAAUUAAUUUGUCUUUAGCUUUGUUACCAUUGUUUUAUUUGCUCUUUCAAAUUAUAUUGAGUGAAAGACAAA